AUGGCAACAGCAAAAGCAGCAGCAACAACAACCAACGGCACGGCAGAGAAGGAGCCAUCCUUCUACGACGAAGAAGACAAUCUCAAGAAGCUAUGUGACUUUCUGCGUUCUCGCGAAGGCCCCGGUGUGCGGGAGGCUUUGUUAAUGGAAAAACGCGUUCAUUAUCUGAAAGGCGAGAAACUUGUGAACUUUCUGGUGGAACCCAAGAAAGGAACGAAAUGGCCCUCCAAUCUACCACGCUUUGAGAAUCGACCAGAGGCCAUUGCGGUGUGCCGAGAGCUAUGCAAGGUGCAAUAUCUCAUGCGAGCCGAAAAGCGAGGGAAAGGAGAACUAGGCAUGUCUCGAAUUCGAGAAUUCGACGAGUCUGGCUAUUUUGUGUGGGUAUAUGAGGGAGAUAAGACAGUGAGCCAUUUGAUGACAACUGCCUUGAUUAUCGGAUUCCUGUUCUGCGUGUGCUUCCCCAUUUGGCCAACCUUCCUUCGAGUCUUUGUCUGGUACCUUUCGGUCUCGCUUUUACUCUUUAUUUUCUUCCUGAUUACGGUUCGAGCCUUCGUAUUCCUCUGUGUCUGGAUUAUUGGCUUUGAGGUUUGGUUCUUGCCCAACUUGUUCGAUGAGACGCUUUCUUUUGUGGACUCAUUCAAGCCAAUUUACUCCUUUGAGCCAACCAAACCGGGGCAGCUACCCUACCGAUUGGGUGUUGGCAUUGCCUUCUUUUCCUUCUGCUACUGGGCUGUCACUCAGCCCUCGGAAUUUGAUGGCUUUGUCAAUGCUCAGGGAGAUUUCUUGAAGGAUUUGUAUGCUGGUACAUUGCUUUCGGACAUGUCUCAGGAACAAAAGGAGAACAUUGACAAACCAAAGACAAUGUCAUUGGAUGAUUUGUUGAAAUCAUUGGAUACUGACAUCAAUGACAACGACUUUCAAGAUGAGGUCAGUGAGGAAGAGGAACUGGAGUCGAUGCUGGACAACCUAGUCGAUGACGAGGAAGAUAUUGACGAGGAAGAAGAGUAG